CCCCCGCACAACAGCGCUACAGUACGCAAACCUUGAAUUUGUACGGCGCAACAAUGACACGGCCUCAUAUUCGCGAUCUUGGCUACGGCCCAGGUUACUUUACCCCGGGCAAGCGCAACUCCAUCCUCGACGUGCCUGGCUGCCAAGUUGGCCAAAAGACCAUCCACGACGAUGAGCAGGGUGUCCAUGUCGGCGUGACGCUGAUAUAUCCCCGUGGAACAGUCCGGACUCGCACCCAGCCAUCCUAUGCCGCUAUUCACACCAUCAAUGGCGGUGGAGAGAUGACUGGUACACACUUUAUCCACGAAUGGGGCUUUACUGGCUCACCCAUUGCGUUUACAGACUCGCUAAGCUGCGGAGCUGUAUACCAGGCUCUAACAAACUACAGCUUUGCCGAGUCCCGCCGUCUCAAGGAGAACGUAGAGGAAAUGUCCUCGCACCAUGGCUGGCCUGUUGUGGCCGAGACUUGGGGAGGCAUGAACACUGAUAUUCAUGACUUCAAGUCGACCCUUACAAACGACCAGGUCGUUGAAGCCAUUGAAGAUGCAGCAACCCGUGACACAGUUCUUGAAGGUAGCCAUGGCGGCGGCUCAGCAAUGCUCUGCCUAGGACACAAGGGCGGCACUGGCACAAGUAGUCGUCUGGUACCUAAGGCUGGCGGUAGCGGCGAGCACUACACAGUUGGCGUGCUCGUACAAACUAAUUUUGGUAGCUUGGCCAUGCUCCAGAUUGGCGGGGUGCCAAUUGGCAAGCUACUCAUCCGGGACCAGCUCCAGAAAGACGCAAAGGCUACUGUGGAGGAAAAGGCCGACAGAACAGGCUCAGAAGGCAGCAUUGUUGUAUGCAUAAUCACAGACGCACCUCUCCUUCCACACCAGCUUCGCCGUCUUGCGGCUCGCUCCAACCAUGGCAUCGUAUCAGUCGGCGGCCAUGGCGUAGGGUACAACUCCUCUGGCGACAUAGCCAUUGCUCUAUCGACGUCCGAAACCAGCGCACCACAGGUCAUCAUGAAGCACGACUGGAAACGCAUGGACGCUGAGACGGCCAGUAGCAUGGGAGGUAGGCCGACGGGCAACCCAACUACGGUUAGCGGCGGUGGUGUCCGUCGUGAUGUUGAGACACAGACAGUUGAGACGGUUGUGCACAGCACGAUUGAUGCCCUCUUUGUAGCUGUCGCUGAAGCCACAGAGGAAGCUAUCCUGAAUUCCAUUUGCCAAGCAGAGGAGCUGACUGCGUGCGAUGGCACGGUGCACAGGGCCCUCGACGUAGAUAGGGUCAAGGAGCUCCUGGCCAAGUACCGAGUCGAAUAG